GUUUCCUCCACCAUGCAGCUGCGCUCCUUCGCUCGCCUGGCGCUCUUCUCCUUUGCGCAUCUUUGGUUCCUGGAGGCCGUUUGCGCUCAGGAGGCUGCGGAGUCCGAUGCGCUCCGGAGGGGGUUGACAUGGCAACACAACGGGCAGGUCUUCAGCAUCCUGAGCCGCGGCGCUCAGUACAGACCCAGCGGGAGGAGGCAGACCGGCUCCCCCCGCAGCACCGACCCGGUUCUGGUGGUCAGCAGCUCCAAUGACACGGGCGCGGACGCCGCGUCCUCUCCGCGGGUCCCCGCCGCCAGCGGCUCCAGGCAGCUGCGCGCCAUGACGCGUCAGCAGGCGCGCGCUGCUGGAGGAGAGUCAGCCCCGGUGAACAGGGAGGACAUGAUGGUGGGAGAUGAUCCCUACAACCCCUACAAGCGGCACGGCUAUGACCCCUACUACAACUACUUUGACACCUACCAGAGACCCAGACCCAGGGUUCGGCCCGGAUACGGAACCCAGUACCACCAGAACGGUCUUCCUGAUCUGGUUCCUGAUCCUUUUUACAUCCAGAUGGCCUCGUAUGUCCAGAGGAUGCCCAUGUAUAACCUGCGCUGUGCGGCGGAGGAGAACUGCCUCGGCUCCUCGGCUCGCUACGCUCAGGAUUAUGACACCAGGGUUCUGCUGAGGUUCACUCAGAGGGUGAAGAAUCAGGGAACCGCCGACUUCCUGCCAAGCAGACCCCGAUAUGCCUGGGAGUGGCACAGCUGUCACAACCACUUUCACAGCAUGGAUGAGUUCAGCCUGUACGAGCUGCUGGACGCCCGCACCCAAAGCGCCGUGGCAGAGGGCCACAAGGCCAGCUUCUGUUUGGAGGACACUUCCUGCGACCCGGGAUACUACCGCCGCUACGCCUGCACCUCACACACUCAGGGUUUGAGUCCCGGGUGUUACGACACCUACAACGCUGACAUCGACUGUCAGUGGAUCGACAUCACCGACGUCCAGCCUGGAAAAUACAUCCUCAAGGUGACGGUUAAUCCCAGACAGCAGGUUCCAGAGUCCAACUAUAACAACAACGUGGCUCGGUGUGACGUUCAGUACACGGGCAACGCUGCUCACAUCUCUGGAUGCACGCUGGCAGGGUACUGAGGAGAAUCUAGAAUCCAGCCUGAAGACGAAGUCAGAGAUCGAAUUGAUCGAGUUAAAGUUGGACUUUGUUUAUAUUUGACCCAAAUCAUCCCUUAUAAGCAAAAACACCUGAAGCCGAGCAGGAAGGAUCCCACAGCAGAAAAUCAGCUUCUACUGGUUCUGGUUCUUCAUGUGUACUGUAUUACCUCACAGCUGGAGUUACUGCUUUCCUGCUACUUCUUCUUCAUUUACAGCCUUUAUUUUUAUUCAUGGCAUCUUCCUGAUUCAAGCUUUCUGUUUCAUUCAAGAUUCAUACAGAUUAUUAACAGUUUUAUAUUCGAAGCAGAAAUUAAGAUUAAUAAAAAAAACUCAGAGCUCUAUUUUGUUUUAACUUCUGUCUGUUAGACUCCCAGGGAACGAAGAGCGUUUCAUCUUCUAAAUAUUUCUGCAAAAAAUGCUUUAAAACAGAGAAGAACUCCUUCCUGCAUGAUUUCUGUUGCUUUUUGUAUAAAACGUGAAAAAACAUCCAGAGGUUUGAGCUUUAAUGUUUCAUUAUUUCCCAGGACCUCGGUCCUCCUUAAUCGUUGCUAAAGAACAGAUCUUUGGGUUCUGGUGCUAAAAUCAAGGUUUUCCUGCAGCUUUUUAUUUCUAUUAAAACCGUAGUGAGAUAUCAGUGGAUGUGUGUGUUUGUGUUUUUCUCUGGAUGAGCUCAGUGUCGUCCUCCAGCUGUGCUUCAAUAAACGAACUCCUGUGUGACUGGAU